CUGUUGGCAUUCACACAAAUUUUUUCCUCGGAAAAUCUGUGUGAACGAACGAAAUUUCGUCACGGCGUCCCGUUAGCAAGCCUGGCCUCGAGCGGAGAGUCAGACGACGGUGGACUAGCUCCGCCACCGCGAAAGAAGUCACGUCCUUCUUUGGAGGCUACAAUGCAGCAACCAGCGAAUGGCUGUACUCAACACAAUGGAGCUACUGAAGACGACCAUAUUCCAUCAUCAUCCGCCCAACAAAAUGGCACUGAUAUUGCACCUCACAGCACAACCGUCAACGGAGAAAUAUCUCCCAAACGAUUGGACAGAACGGAUUAUGAAAUUGUGCGACUUAUCGGGCAACACUUGAAAACUAUCGGGCUUAAUCACACAGCCGAGGUGUUGAUCCAAGAGUCAGGUUGUCGCCUGGAUCACCCUGCCGCAGCCAAGUUCCGCCAACAUGUCAUGGACGGAGAUUGGAACAAGGCUGAUAACGAUCUUAAUGAAUUGAAAUCUCUUCUUGAGGGAUCUUCCAGCAGUUUAUCUCAAAUGAAGUUUCUGCUGCUAGAACAAAAAUACUUGGAGUACCUGGAGGAUGGGAGGGUGCUGGAUGCUCUUCAUGUAUUACGCAACGAACUGACACCUCUACAGCAUAACACGGCACGAGUACAUGAGCUGUCCAGCUACAUGAUGUGCAGUGAAAGGGAGGAGCUGCUGGCCAGAGCGGGGUGGGAGGGGAAGGGUGACAAUUCCCGCACCUCUCUCAUGGACAAACUGCAAGAAUUUCUACCCCCCACCAUCAUGCUCCCUCCCAAGAGGUUGUACACACUUCUGAACCAAGCAAUAGACCUGCAAAAACACCGCUGCCCAUACCACAACUCUAGCGAUGAUCUGGGGUUGAAAAAUGUGUCUUUGCUUGUUGAUCACCACUGCUCAAGAGAACAAUUCCCCUGUGAGACCCUGCAGGUACUAAACGACCACUGCGACGAGGUUUGGUACUGCCGGUUCUCUCCGGACGGCCGCAAACUUGCAACAGGUUCCAAAGACACCACUGUCAUCAUCUGGGACGUCGAUCCGGAUACAUUGACAUGUCACCACCGUAAAACGUUGGAAGGCCAUUCGUACGGGGUGGCGUACCUGGCGUGGUCACCGGAUGGAUCACACCUGAUAGCCUGUGGUCCAGAGGACUGCCCGGAACUGUGGAUCUGGAACAUCGAGACCGAGGAACUACGGGUCAAGGUGUCCCAGUCACCCGAAGACUCCCUCACAUCCUGCAGUUGGCACCGGGAUGGUAACAAGUUUGUCACUGGCGGUAUCCGUGGCCAGUUCUAUCAAUGCGACAUUGAAGGCAAUGUGGUGGACUCAUGGGAGGGUGUGAGAGUAAACUGCCUAUGGUGUCGGUCGGACGGCAAGACUGUGCUUGCGGCUGACACCCACCACAGAGUGCGCUCCUACAACUUUGACGAGCUUACCGACCAAAACAUUCUACACGAGGAUCACCCAGUUAUGACAUUCUGUGUGAACAAGGCUGACAGGUUGGCACUACUGAAUGUGGCGACGCAGGGUGUACACCUGUGGGACCUCCAGGACAAGGUGUUGGUGCGCAAGUUCCAAGGUGUCACCCAGGGUCACUUCACAAUUCAUAGUUGUUUCGGAGGUGUCAAUCAGGACUUUGUGGCAAGUGGCAGCGAAGAUAACAAGGUGUACGUGUGGCACAUGAAGCGUGAGCUGCCGAUUGCCACACUGUGUGGACACUCCCGUACUGUCAACUGUGUGGCCUGGAACCCAGUGUACCACUCAAUGUUGGCGUCAGUCAGUGACGAUUACACUGUGCGCAUCUGGGGCCCGGCACAGCAGUACCGCACAUCUCCCUCACUCUUCAAGCCUGGAUUUUCAGGGGACGGGUCGCCUUCACCUUCAUCCAACGGCACAUCUUGGCCCGACAUGGUCUCGUAGUUUUGGCCUUCCUUUUGAUCAUCCAUUGUUAUAGAUUUAAAUAUGUAUUGUCUUUGAAAUUACUAUAUUUUGAGUUAUUAGUUUGGAUUAUCUAUUAAUAAUUAAUUAAAGAUAUAUUUAAUUUCUCUCAUAUAGUCCGAGUUACGUUUAGUUUAAAUUUUAGAUAUUUUAUGUUUCCGAACCAGAUCGUAAUACUGGAGUUGUUUGUAUCAAACUGUGAAAUUGUCGUUCAGAAUUAAAUUUUUAUGACUGUUAACACUAUGUUUGAUAUUAAUUGUUGGCUUGCAUGCUAGUUGGGUAUCUGAUCUUUGGAGAAAGCGUAAUAAGUAAUAAAAUUCAUACUAAUAUAUACAUUAGUUUUUAAUAUAAUUUUAAUGUGUUAACUUGCAGAUGGUAGUGAUUUAUCCAAAUGAUUGUGAAAUUCAAUAGAUGUGCCUGUUUUUAUAAGAUGUUCUCAAAAAUUAACUAAAGCUGCCUGGUACCAGAAAACAAAGCAAUUUAAAUAUUAUUUAGUAACAAAAUUAAUUCUGAAAAACCAAUGUAAAGGUUUAUCUGAAGAAAAUAAAUGUAUCCUAUCAAUAUUUUAGUUUUUCUUUUAUUGGUGUUAUGUGUUUUCAAAAGAAAAUAAAUUAUUGUUACUUACAUUCUGUGAGAAAAUAUAAUAAAUAAUUUUAAAAUAUGUUACCUUCUAUAACACAUUGUGGGGUGUAAACAAUUAGGGGAUAUUAUUAGAUCAUUUAAUUCAAGUAAUAUUGUAGCCAAUAACCAUUAUGAGCUUUAUGCAUUAUAAUGGCAUGCCAUUAACUUUAAUUGUUUUAUUACUAACGUUAUUCAGCAAUUAUGUGAUUCAUUAUUCUCCAAGGUCUGUAAACAUAUCUGGUGAUACUCAUAGGCAAUUACAUGAUUCAUUAUUCUCCAAGGUCCGUGAACAUAACUGGUGAUACCCACAGGCAAUUACAUGAUUCAUUAUUCUCCAAGGUCCGUGGACAUAACUGGUGAUACCCACAGGCAAUUAUAUGAUUCAUUAUUCUCCAAGGUCCGUGGACAUAACUGGUGAUACCCACAGGCAAUUAUAUGAUUCAUUAUUCUCCAAGGUCCGUGGACAUAACUGGUGAUACCCACAGGCAAUUAUAUGAUUCAUUAUUCUCCAAGGUCCGUGGACAUAACUGGUGAUACCCACAGGCAAUUAUAUGAUUCAUUAUUCUCCAAGGUCCGUGGACAUAACUGGUGAUACCCACAGGCAAUUAUAUGAUUAAUUAUUCUCCAAGGUCCGUGGACAUAACUGGUGAUACCCACAGGCAAUUAUAUGAUUCAUUAUUCUCCAAGGUCCGUGGACAUAACUGGUGAUACCCACAGGCAAUUAUGUGAUUAAUUAUUCUCCAAGGUCCGUGGACAUAACUGGUGAUACCCACAGGCAAUUAUAUGAUUCAUUAUUCUCCAAGGUCCGUGGACAUAACUGGUGAUACCCACAGGCAAUUAUAUGAUUCAUUAUUUCCCAAGGUCCGUGGACAUAACUGGUGAUACCCACAGGCAAUUAUAUGAUUCAUUAUUUCCCAAGGUCCGUGGACAUAACUGGUGAUACCCACAGGCAAUUAUAUGAUUCAUUAUUUUCCAAGGUCCAUGGACAUGACUGGUGAUACCCACAGGCAAUUAUAUGAUUCAUUAUUUCCCAAGGUCCAUGGACAUGACUGAUGAUACCCACAGGCAAUUAUAUGAUUCAUUAUUUUCCAAGGUCCAUGGACAUGACUGGUGAUACCCACAGGCAAUUAUAUGAUUCAUUAUUUCCCAAGGUCCGUGGACAUAACUGGUGAUACCCACAGGCAAUUAUAUGAUUCAUUAUUUUCCAAGGUCCAUGGACAUGACUGGUGAUACUCAUAGGCAAUUAUAUGAUUCAUAAUUCUCCAAGGUCCGUAAACAUACAGUUGUCUGUCAAAGACAAUUAAUUUUGAGAUGAAAUCUGUAAUUCAUUAUUAAACACUCUAGGUAGAAAGAAACUAAAAGGAGUUCAGUUUUGAAUAGUAUAAUAUGUAAUAAAACCCACAGAAUAUAGUCCACUAAAGGGAUUGUACAAACCCUUUAGAACGUGGAUGUGCUAAAAGUGAGAGGGGGGCUGUGGCAGGUAACUCGUGUUCCUGCACUCUCCUAUUUAUAUAUUAUUAUUAUCAUGGUAGAGCUGCUAAAUAAAUAUGAAAAGUAAACUUAAAACUAAGUAAUCUAAUUAAAACAAAAUAGCUAUUUUAUUAUUUUGUCAUAGAUGAAUGUGAAAACAUACUUUACAAGUAGUGGAUGAACUUGUCAGGUUCUAAUACCACGUAAUUAAAAUAUUUUAUUUUAAAUUUGUACGACAGUAUAAGUUCAAAGUGUUCUGAAAUGCACAUAUAUUCAAAAUAUUGUGAAGAAUAUUUUUAGAUUUGUGAACAAGAAUGAAGGCAGUUUUGGGGAGUGUUUGGUUAGUGUACUGCUCUGUGAUGGCUCACAAUAUUAUUUGAUUUGAACUUAAUUGAUUAUACAUUUCAGACACAAAUUGAAAAAAAAUCAUCAAAUUUUGUGCUGAGAAAUGUUUAUAAUUUUAUUUUGUUUUAACCUUAUAAAGUCAUAUUUUCAUUAGUACGACUGAAGACAUAGUGGCCUUACUGAUAAUUAAGUAUUUAUUCGUGACUCAUCAGAGAAUACUUAGCUUAUUUUAAAGUAUCUUUUAAGAAACACGAAUAUUGUAUUUUAAUUUAAAGACGUUUUUAAUUUUGUCCUGUUCAGAAAUAUAAUUAUAAAAACCAACAUAUAG